ACGCCAUUGCUCAGUCCCUUGAUCAGCAAUCUCUUUCAUCUUCUCUCGUCCCGUGGAGUAUCGAGAUUAAUCGCAUGGCUCCUCUACCGAGCGUUUGCCACCGAAAAGAAUACGUUCAUGCUACGGCAGUGUCAAAUCGGGAAACUCAUUUCACUUUUUUAUUUGUUUGCUCUUAUUUUAUUUGUCUGGUAGGAGCGGUAGAUUCUUGAGCUACUGGCACGGCAUGGUAUUAGGCGGUAGUCGUCGAUCACAACACCAGCACGUUGUGAGGUGAUUUCUUUUGUAAGAGGACGCUUUCGAUGUUGAGAAUGAGGACUACACGUGGGAGGGUAGGGUGAUCUUGAAGGAAGCGUGGGACAUGGGUUGGAUUUCAGCUCGGGAUUGCUGUAGACGUUGGGACGUGAACCAGGCUCUAAAGUAAAUUUUGCGGAGCGUGCGCAUCUUUUGCUCUUGAGUGAUUGAGUGAUUGAGGGGAUGAGUCUCCUCGUGGACGAAGUGGAAGAUUCAGUGUUUGGAGAAGAGGUUUGCGCAGCUCAAAAGAGGAGAUCUGAAAUUGUGAGCCGCGAUGCAGUGUAAUUUGCGUAUGUGUGUGGCUGCGGAUUUGGUACUGUUGUAGUUGUGCAGUUUGCAACACAAUCGCUUGGUGUAAUCGCGGAGGAGCUGCAGCUCCAGUUCGCAAUUGAAGCACAAGGGAGUAUUGAUUUGUUUGUCUGCAGCACCAAUCAUGUCGCGGGAGAUGGCGUUGGAUUUCUUUCCAGUAACUUUUGGUGACAUCUUGAAGAAGCGCGCGCCCGAGUUUUUCGCUUGGCUAUUUCCUGAUUGGAUUGCCAAAAGAUGCCCCAUGCCAUCAAUUAAUCUCCAGGUAAGCUCAUGGCAUGUCUUGCGCUUCAUCUCAUGCUGCACUCACAUCUGGAGCUGCUGUGGUAUGUAUUUGUCCGAUUCGACUCGUCUACCGAAAUCGUGUUCCGUCCGCGAAAUUUGCGAAGAUUUCUGCCAACUCGAAUCUCUCAUUCGGCAUCAGAAUCAUGCUCAUUAAUCGAUUGGCAGAUUCCGGGGCAAGGCUCUGUUACUUUGUUUUGGCCUGUGUGCGCCAUACUGAUAUCCUCUGGCUUCCUAACAAGCUUACUGACUGGGACACCCAUGCUGAUCCGCGCGCUCCGCGAAGGCGCCCGAGCUCGCCAAGGCCUUUUUGCCUGGUCCUGUGCAAUGCUGUGGUACGGGUGCAUGUGCUUGGGCGGCCUCUUCUUCCACUGCCUCCACAUCCGUAAAAUCCCUCACAUGAUGGAUGUCUCUGGCACAGGUCUCUCCUCCCUUUUUGUCAUCGCCGGAUUCGCAGCGUUCAAAGGUAUUUUAGACGACCGAACAACAAAACAACGUCUGACACUGCUCAUCUCAUCCUUACUCUUCGUCAUUGUGGGCAGCUUCUCUCCACGGUGGCUCCAGGAGCAAUUGUACGUUGUCCCUAGUUUAAUUGCUGCAGGAACAGGAAUCGUAUUUAUUCAAAAAUCUCCCGCAAAAAGCCCUGGCCCGGAGUUAUCGAGCGAACAGAGAGCCAGCCACAAGGCAGCGUUAAGGUGGCUGAAUGCAGCGGGGCUUGCAGUUGUGGUUGGCUUGGCCGCCAUCUCGCUGGACAAGUACCUAUGCGUGUACCUCGGCACGGAAUUCACCAUGCUGUUCUGGUUCUUCCUGGGCUGCAACGCGGCCAUCUUCUUCGUUGUACAAUUCGCCCACACUGCGGUUCACCACAACCUACAAUUCACUCACGUAAAAGUACAGUGAAGGGAAAACAGGUGCAUCGACGCGGCGCUGGCGGGGGGUGCUCCUCACACAGCCUCACAUUGGAGCUACAGGAAUGGAACCCGAGCCAAAGGUGGGUUGGAACUCGAAUCGGGUCCCGGCAACCACGCGACCUGUUCCGUCCCCAUACUCCCCCCAGGUGCUUAUCACUGGAAUCAUGGGGGGGGGGGGGGGGACCGCGAUUUAUUUAUUGCUUUUUCAGCUUGCCUAACGCUUCCAAGUUAUGGUUCCAGACCUUGGAGUGUGUGUAUACCAAAAGGACUUUAAUUAAAUCCAUAGCCAUGACCAUGAGGGAUUUUGAUAUAUUUCUUAUUUUAGUUGGUUUUAGAUACUUGAUUGUUUUAAUUGCUAGACAAUUUUUUUGUUCCAUUACGUUGAGACAAUUUUACUUUUGCAUUUGAUGUAGAUUUCUAUUUUUAUAAAAUUGUAGAUUUGAUGCAAUCUAGAAAAUUAUGAUUUACCAAGCU